AUGGCUAGCGACUUAUGGGAUGAUAUUCACUCCUCCAAUAUAACCGUAAAACCACAAUUCGUUAGUGAUAAAUCUUACGUUGAGAGCGCUGUAGACUUCUUCCAUGAUGUUGUACCUCAAGCUGUCGGUUCAGUAGAAAAUAGAGAAACUGAAAAAAUCCUAUGGGUAAAAUUCGAAGAAGCAGACUUAAAUGAUCGACUUAUAUAUGACGAAAUCCGGACAUCAGAUGAAUCCAGAGUUAAUCUUCCUAUGUUGCUUUGUAUCGCUUACCAAAAUGGAUUUCAUAUUUGGACCAUUAAACCUAACAACGAGGCACUGGAAUUACUAUCCGUAAAGAAAGGAUCCGUGCGUUCGGCUAAAUUACUAAAAUCACCCGCUUUAGAAUUACUUGUCAAAGAUAAAUUUAUAAAUAAGAGACCGCUUAUUGCAAUUUGUGACGAAGAUAGUGUACGUACUCCAUACACUGCUGUGGCUAUUUACUCAUUGAAAACCGGCGAACGCGUUAGCACCAUACUACAUGACUCAGAAAUUUAUAAUAUUGUAGCUAAUGACAGGCUCUUAGUAGUCUGCUUGGCAGACAAAAUCAUUACUUAUGAAGCAACAGACUUCGAGCGUUCCUUUACUAUUACUGGAUGUUAUUCGUGUGAUACGAUAUGUAGCAUUCCAGUAUCACUAAGUGGUAGUAGAUGGUUGGCUUAUGCUGAUCGAGGACUCUUUAGAAAGUACCAAUCCUUCGGUGGUGUAGUGGGUGGAGACUCGAAUUCGUAUACAACAACAGUACUAAAUGCUGCAAAGGUUAUUGGCCAAGGUCUAUCAAAAAUCAGUGAAACGGUAAGCCGUUUUACAAGUUCUAAAACUGUUACUGAAACACAUAAUUCCAAAGGAAGUUCAUCACAGAAUUUAUUAGAUGACUACUGCAUUCCUGGUAUGGUAACCGUUAUCGAUAUUAAAUCGCUACAGCUGUCGCAGAACGAGUUCGAUAUUUCAAAAAAUUCAAACGGGAAAAGUAUCAUAGCUCACUUCCAAGCGCAUGUAAACGAGGCCAUAGAAUAUCUGACUUUUGAUCCCAGUGGACUGUUACUGUUAACUGCUGCCGAAUUAGGACAGAAAAUUCAUGUUUUUCGAAUUGCACCACAUACACUAUCAUCGUCUUUAUGUUCUGUCCAUCAUUUGUAUACUCUUUAUCGAGGCGAUACGCUUGCAACGGUUAAAGAUAUUAGUUUCUCUUACGAUAGUCGCUGGAUUUCAGUUAGUACCGCUCAUGGGACAACGCAUAUCUUCCCUAUUUCACCAAAUGGAGGUAUUAUUAAUUGGAGAACACAUGGGCAUCUCCGUGUUGUCGACAGAAAUAGUCGCUUUCAUACUAGUGCAGGACUUGAGGAUAUACUGCCAAUAAGCCAUUUACCCAAACCUGUUCCAGAGUCAGAUUUCCAUUUUGAAGAGGAUGAGUCAUUGAAAGGUAUCAAUAAGCCGUUAUGCAUUUGCUCGAAUCGUCUGUUGAUGGUUUCACUUCCGAUUGUAGUAUUAGCACAUGCUAGAAUCAAACAGUUACUAUUUCCUUCUAUAAUGGAAUCGAUCUCUGGGAGCCCUAAAGUACAUUUCGCGUCAUCAAGAAAUAAUAGUCCGUCUGGCUCCUUAGAUUGUGUAGCUUCUCAAUUCUCCUAUCCUCGUCAUAAGUGGAUUAAUUCAUACAAAAUGAACGAGGCUCAGCAAGAAACCAUGUCCUUAUACGUUGUGCAUGAUCAAGGUAAGCUGGUAGAAUAUACAUUAGAAGUUCGCCCAAAAAAUGUUACCCAAGCAAGUGAUGAAACCGUUAUUGAAUUGAUUGCUCAGCCAAGAAUUGAAUGGCACCUUAAAAGCCCAUCCAAAGGAUUUGGAUUACCACUACAUGCUUCAAAUCCUUUAUUGCUCGCUAGUGAAAAAUCCUUAAAAUUAUCAUCAGAUCAUGCCACUUUUAAUGUGCUAAAAUCGUCGCGAAUAUCUUAUUCUGCGGAAAAUAAAGUAAUGGAUGGAGAAUGGCUAUCUGAGGUUGAAAUUACUACUCAUAGUUCGCCUCAUCGACGACUUUGGAUGGGACCACAGUUUCGUUAUAAAACGUAUACAUACGACUCUUCUGAUAAAACUAACGGCAGUAAAAAUAAUGCGGCCACUAUUGUACCGGAUGGUUUGAGUUAUCCUUUUCAACCUGCUUACCUUGACGAAUGCAAUUUAAAACAUAUUCGCCUAACACCAAUCGCCAGAUCAAAACCUUUACCGACGCCUACCAACCGUAAUCGUUCUACUAUUCACAGGAGUAGCUUUUCAUCUUCUGCAGGCUCAUGUGAUAGUACAAGUAGUGGAAGUGGACAACAUAUACUAAUUGAUAACGGGCCAAAUAGUUAUGAGUUAGGCCUGAAACCUGCUGAAGGAUAUACUACUUCUUCAAUCACUUUUGGAAGCCCAAAUGUAACAACCGAGAACGUACAAGAAUUCAUUCAGUAUAAUAUCGCCAAUGCAAUGGAAGAUGUAAUAAUCAACGGAAAUCCAUCGACAAAUCUAGAUCAAGUAAUUGUAAGCCCGGAGGAUAUUCGCGAUUCUCCUCCCACUACAUUAAUAUCUUCAUCUUACACUGGAAGCAUGGAUCACGUAGCAGUUUUUCCAGCUACUCAUGAUUAUGAAUAA